UGGCAGACCAUGACAGAUGAAUGAGGACAACAAAAUCUCUUUAGAAAGAGUUGCUCCUGUGCUGCAUUUCUUUCUUCUAGGACGCUUAAACUACUCCAUAAAUGGUAUCUGCAUUCCCUGAGAUUCAGUACUCAGUUCUGUAUGGGCUCCGAAUUCCUGUUUAACCACUUUCCUUCCUACAGGGUUCUGAGAAAGGAAACAUAUAGAUAGAAGUGUAUAAUGAAAUAGGUGAUUGGGGCCCCUCAGAAACCAACUGAGUCUUGGUGAAGUCAGUAGAAAUUACAGGUGAUGAGCAGCUUUGGAGCAGAUUGUUACCCAUGCUGAAUUGUGAAAUGAGCUGUUGUCUCCUCUGCCUCAUUUCAGUCAUCUCGACUAGUUGCUUGUAUCAUCAGGGGAGCUCCAGCAAGCAGUCAGGAGCCAUUAAGUUGAAAGCGUGAAGUCAAAAAGUGGAGACACGUCUGCAUUCUAAAAAGAAAUGUCUUGGCUCUACUCUGGGUCUGUAUUCACAAGAUUCGAGUAUCUUGUCUUCAGGCAAAAAGCAGCAGCAAGUUGUAUAGAGGAGAGAAUAUUACAAGUGAAGCUUAGCAGUGUCCAUGGGAUGUAUUAGAAGUAUUCAUCAGAGGCUGCAGCUGCACUCAACUUUCUUAACACCCUCAGCAAAUAACCGAAGUAGCAGUUUGGGUCGAGAAUGAGAGAGGCAAAUGAUUUCCCACCAGCUGUACUGGUCCCUCACCAGGUAAAAAUGGCCGCAGAGGAGAAGUGGAAAGGCUGGCCUUCGAAACAGCACAGCAGGGCUGAGCGGGCAGGUGGAAAGGAACCAUGUGUGCUCCUGGCCCAGCAGCUGGGGGAACCAGGAAGAUUUGCUUAUGCGGCACUUUGUGGGAUAUCCCUAGCAUGGCUGUUCCCUGAAAAAGAGCAAAGCUCCUUCAGGACAGGAUUCAUUGAGGGCUUUGUGAAAUGGCUGGACCUGCCUGAAGCUGUCUUGCCUGCCAUGACAGCAUUUGCCAGUGGCUUAGGAGGUGAGGGCACAGAAAUGUUCACCCAGAUUUUGCUGAAGGAUCCCUUCUUGAAAGAAAAUCCAGUUGUCAUUACACAGGACCUUCUCUCCUUCUCUCUUAGAGAUGGGUACUACGAUGCUCGAGCAAGGGUGUUGAUCUGCCACAUCACCUGGCUGCUGAGAAUACCCUCAGAGGAGCUGGAAGCCCUGGAGGAGUCUCUGCUUGAGAGUCUGAAGGAACAAAAAAAGGAAGAGUCAGAGACUGCAGAAGUGCCAAGAAAAAAGAAGGAAAGACGGAAAAAGCUGAAGAGUUACCUGCUGAUCGGUUUGGCCACUGUUGGGGGCGGCACAGUGAUCGGCUUGACAGGGGGCUUGGCUGCCCCUCUGGUUGCUGCGGGGGCUGCUACGAUUAUUGGAAGUGCUGGAGCAGCUGCUUUAGCUUCAACUGCUGGAAUUGCUGUCAUGGCAUCACUUUUUGGAGCAGCUGGGGCUGGCCUCACUGGAUACAAGAUGAAGAAGCGUGUGGGAGCCAUAGAAGAAUUUGAAUUCCUCCCUCUUACUGAAGGAAAGCAUCUUCACAUCACCAUAGCAAUUACUGGAUGGCUCUGCACUGGCAAAUAUGGGAGCUUUACGGCGUCAUGGAGCAGCAUGUUGCAAUCACGUGAACAGUAUUGUCUGGCCUGGGAAUCCAAGUACUUGAUGGAGCUUGGCAAUGCCUUAGACUCUCUGCUGAAUGGUUUUGUGAACAUGGUGGCUCAAGAAGCCUUAAAAUUCACUGUCUUGUCAGGUAUUGUGACAGCUUUGACUUGGCCGGCUUCACUCUUGACCGUUGCCGGUGUCAUCGACAACCCCUGGGGAGUGUGUCUGCAUCGCUCUGCUGAAGUAGGCAAGCACCUGGCACAUAUCCUGCUCAGUCGGCAGCAGGGCAAGCGACCUGUCACACUGAUUGGCUUCAGUCUGGGUGCAAGAGUCAUUUAUUUCUGCCUGCAUGAAAUGGCUCAAGAAAAAGACUCACAAGGGAUCAUUGAAGAUGUGGUCUUACUGGGAGCUCCAGUGGAAGGAGAAGCCAAGCACUGGAAGGUUAUCACCAAAGUGGUGUCAGGCAGGAUCAUAAAUGGCUAUUGCAGGGGAGACUGGCUGCUGAGGUUUGUGUACAGAACCUCCUCUGUCCAGCUCAAUGUUGCAGGCCUCCAGCCAGUUGACUUGGAUGACCGGAGGAUGGUAAACGUGGAUCUUUCAUCUGUUGUAAAUGGCCACCUGGACUACAUGAAGCAAAUGGACACGAUACUAAAAGCUGUGGGCAUUAAAACCAAGGAGUGUCAGCUGGAAGAGAAGGGCAUCAGCAGCCUUUUCUCCCCUCUAGCCAAGAAGUCACAGCAGGCAGCGGGCAGUGAGGCUCAGGAAGUGGAAAACACUGUGCAUGAAGAGGUGUCUGACAGUGACUGCUGGUCCUGGGCACCUGCAGAGAGCACCAGCCCGAAGCCAGAAUGCUUGAGCUCUGCACCAGUGCAGCCAGUGAUUCCUGAUUUGCUGGCUCCACCAGACACCAUCAGAGAUGCUGACCUGCUGUGCAGGAGAGAGGCUGUCCCAGCCAGCCACGCUCAGCACCGUGAUUCCCCUGUGUGUCUCCUGAGAGAAACCUCACUAUCCUGCCCUGACUGUGUAGGCAAUGGGGACAGCAAGAAUCAGGCAGUGGGUGAAGGAGCAAAUUAGAGCUCUUUGUGUUGGGCAGAGAUGCUCAGACAGUACUAAAACUGCUUCCAAAGCACCGUCCGUUGCACUGGGAUUGCCAAAGGAGUAUCGGUAGAGCCAGCAGGGCUGGAGCUGCAGUUUUCAGACCCUCCCGCGAGCUUGGAGCAUGGCACUAGUGUGGUAACGGAUCAAAGCAUUGGGAGCAGUUACCCGUGGCGUCUCCCACAGACAAGAAAGGGCUGACUCCUGCCUGAAUCAGCAUUGCUCCUCAGGAAGCAGUGGCACUUCCCUCCUAACACAAACCGGGUUUAUUCCUGAGGGAAGCAGCUGUCACCAUUGGGGACUGUGUCUCUGCUGUAUAACUCCCAGGUAAACAGGCACUCCAGGGGCAGUCUUAAGCACAUUGCAGAUAAAAGGGCUCAUCUCAAGGAUGUUAAAAUCGGUUUUUCUUCAGUGGUUGAUUUGGGCUUUGGGUUCCAUGGGAGCAGGGCCUUGGCAGGCUCUGUGUGCCCAGCUGCAUCUCAGCAUCUGCACUUUGGCUCUGCUAACGCAGCAGGCAAAAGGCUCUAGCUACCUGGCUUCUAUCCCCAUCCAUGGCUGGUUUGCUGCCAGGGCUUGGGAGGUUUCUGCUUGACAACAGUUUCCCUGCCUGCAAGAUGAGGGUGGUGAGUGUUUGAGGCCGCGUUAGAACCAUACUUUGAGUCCCUAGGUGAAAGGCAGCAGAAGAAACAGUGGGCUUUUUAUGAUUUAUUACUUUGUGAAACUUCCUCCCAGGCUUUGCAAGCCAGCAACCCACAGAGACUUUUGCUUUGUGUCCUACACACAUUUCCAGCCUUAAAAGCCCCCUCUAGACACAUUUUUAAUUGUCUUAGAAUAAACCAGUAGUUGGCAUAGGAUAAACACAAAUCUGUUUGAUUUCUGCCUCCUUCCAUAAAAGCGAUUUAGCAUCCGCUUUCUUCUCCCCAGUCCCAAACUGGAGGGAAGGACCGUGCUUUCUAUCCCCUGCCAUGCCAAAUCUUCCAAAACCGUAUGGGACUGAUCCACAGCUUCCAUAAAAGAUCCUUUUCUGAUCUGUUUUGCUGCUUAGCCCAAGAAAACAGUCUAGCAGGAACAUGGCCGAGGAUAACCCCCCUUCUGAGAACACCUGCUUUAAAACAUAUGCUGGAUGCAGUCAAUACCGAACCACAGCCAGGUCUGGAGGGUCUCGGUGACUCACGAGAGGGGAAAUAGCGUGACUGCAGCUUCUGAUUUCAGUUCACAUGAAGCUCUCCCCCUCCGUCCCCCUUCCAAGAGCUGGUUUAAAACCCAGCUCUCCAUUCUGUCCCCAGCUUUCUGCAAGCCUUACCUAUGGAUUAUUUCUCAGAAUGUGGAAAAUGUGGCUGUUUCUGGGGUGGCAGUGUAACCUGGCCAUGAGCAGCUCUGAGUACAGUGCCUGGCUUUUACUCUCCCCAGUUCCUGCCUCUGAGGGGGCUCAGACCUCUCGGCUCUGAUUCUCCAGUGGUGCCGCGCUGCAGAACGACGGGAGCUGUUGAUGGGACAGGCUCUGGGACCCGACAGUGAUGGGGCUGCUUUGCCA